AUGAGAGGACUCCACUAUAAGACGCCGAGGGCCUAUCUUCCCCGAGUACGGUUCCUCACAAUCCAUUAUGUCUACUUCAUUGGGCUCUCUUUCAUUACUUCCGCCAUCUUCUGGGGCACCUCCUCUCCUCACCAGAGUGUGCGAUACAUCGACUCUUUGUACCUGACUGUCAGUGCUAUGACGCUCGCAGGAAUGAACCCGGUGAAUCUGUCUACACUCAAUACAUUCCAGCAAGUGCUGCUGUUCUUUCUCAUAAUUUCUGGAUCUGCGAUCUGGGUGUCGAUCGCGAUGGUCCUAGUUCGGAAACAUGCAUUUGAAAGAAGAUUUGCCGAGAUUGUCAAUGCAGAGCGGCUUGAAAGAAGAGCUCAUAGCCAGAUUGGGUUUGGCCGCGCAAUAAAGAGGCCCCGUUCUUUAUCCCGGCAAAAUACUAUGCCUGAGGAACGUACUUGGUUUCCAGGACUCCUACCUACGUUCCGUUCUCCGAGCUGGGGAGGACCGGUUGAGCCGAACGGUAGCCUCCAAAACAGGAGUUUGGAGAAAAAGGACCCGGUCCCAGGCUCUCAGCCUAACCAGACUGAUACUGGACAUCUCAAUCAACAACUAAAUCAGGCUGCCCCGGAAGUUGGAGAUGAUGUUUCCGGGUCAGUGGCUCCUGAUGAAGCACUACCUAAUGAAGACAUUCUUCGGGAGCAAACCAGUCGCACUGAUAAUGAUGUGCAUAUUUCAUUCGCUUCCCACUCGCGGAAUAACUCGGAAAAUCAGCAAUCCAACACAGAACGCAGACGCAUGCUUUCCCCGUACACCAAUGUUCUGAAUCGCGCUAAUACGCUCGGCGAACUGGAACAAUGCCCAUCCGCCGACGGUUCUGUUGGAGGAGGUGAUCUUCACUUGAACCUUCUCCACAAAUUGCACCGCAAUUCUACUUUUCACAAUCUCACUGAAGCAGAGCGACAAAAGCUCGGCGGUGCCGAGUAUCGAGCAGUAUCUUUGCUGGCAAUCAUUGUGCCAAUCUACUUUUUUCUCUGGCAGCUGCUUGGAGGCUUAGGUUUAGGAGCGUAUCUCGCAAGAAACAAAGCGUCGCUGACCGAGUCCAACGGUCUGAAUCCUUGGUGGACCGGCUUCUUUUUUGCAAUUUCUGCAUUCAACAACUCUGGCAUGAGUCUUCUCGAUGCAAAUAUGGUUCCCUUUCAAACAUCGACCUACAUGCUCAUUACGAUGAGCCUCCUGAUCCUAGCAGGCAACACCUGCUACCCAAUAUUCUUACGAUGGAUAUUACGUGCUAUCCACCUCAUGAUUCCUAAUCACGAAUAUUUCGAUCAGUUCCGUGACACGCUAAACUUUCUCCUGGAUCAUCCACGGCGAUCUUAUACCACUUUGUUUCCGUCCGCCCACACUUGGUGGCUGCUACUCUCUGUGAUGGUAUUGAAUGGCAUUGAUUGGGUUGCAUUCGAAGUGCUCAACGUGGAUAAUCCAUCAGUGGAUGCCAUCCCUCGGGGAUCGCGUGUGUUGGAUGGAUUGUUCCAAGCCUUCUGUGUUCGAAGUGGAGGUUUCUACGUGGUCAACAUCUCAGCGCUCCAGCUAGGGACGCAAGUCAUCUAUGUGGUGAUGAUGUAUAUUUCGGUCUAUCCCGUUGUCAUCACGAUGCGACACUCCAAUGUCUACGAGGAGCGGAGUCUGGGAAUAUACGCGGAUGAUCCAUCCCCCAACGACGAUCAGCAGAAUUCGUCCUCAGAUACGCCGGGAGGGCCAUUCUCCAAUGCCCCUACUACCGGAAGACUUUACUUCAUCCGACACCAAUUACGGGCGCAAAUGGCAUACGAUCUAUGGUGGAUCGCGUUGGCUGUCAUCAUCAUUUGCAUCGUGGAGGCAGGCCAGUUCAGCCGUGAUCCUGUCACGUUCUCAGCAUUCAACAUUAUUUUCGAGACAGUGAGUGCUUACGGAUGUGUCGGGAUCAGUACGGGACUUCCAAAUCAACUUUAUAGUUUCUCUGGGGCCUGGCAUACAUUGAGCAAGCUUGUCCUUUGUGCCGUAAUGAUCCGAGGUCGCCAUCGAGGUCUGCCAGUCGCCAUUGACAAGGCGAUUAUGCUACCGAGCGACAAACAUUUCAGAGCGGAAGAGGAAGAUGCACAGAUCAGGAUGGAACGAACGGUGACUCGAUCCCGAAUGUCAAUCUAG